CUGGGCAUAUUUUUGACAUGGCUAUGUCUGGAGACAGUUACAAUGUAUACAAUGCUGUGUAUGCUGUGGCCCAGGCUCUCCAUGAAAUGCUUCUUCAUCAAUCAGAACUACAAACAAUGGGAAAUAGGAAAGGGACAGUGCCUUCCCUUGCACAGUUGCAUCCUUUUCUGAAGAAGAUCCAAUUUCACAAUCCUGCUGGUGAUCAAGUGGUUUUGCAUGAUGAAAGGAAAUUGGAGCCAGAGUUUGAUCUUGUGAAUAUUUGGAAUUUUCCAGAAGGUCUUGAACUUAAAGUGAAAGUAGGAAAGUUUUCUCCAUAUACUCUACAAGGCCAUCAACUAUCUUUAUCUGAAGAUAUGGUAGAGUGGGCCAUGGGAAGUACAGAGGUGUGUUGGAUAACUUUGUGAUGGUUUUCAGAAUAUAUAAUUAAGCAAAAUUCAUCAGUAAAUUCUGUGCCUGGUUGAAUGCUAGCAACUUACUCCU